ACCCCCAUCAGGAUCAGGCAAGUCGCGUUUUCCCGGGCAGAGGAGGCAGCAACUCACAAUGUAACAAGUUUGUAUGUAAAUUGUGCAUGCUAAAAGGAUUAGCGCGUGUGUAAUGGUGGUUUUGCAACACACACACACACGCACACACACACGCACACAUUAGAAUUAUUUCAGGAUUCACUUAAUCUCGCACACGCACACGCGCGCGCGCGCACACACACACACACACACACACAGAUGAAAAAGAUCAUUUCCGUUUGCUGGCAAUGCUGCACUGUGUCAACUAAGCGCUCCAGCCUUUUAAUCUGCAUAUUUACCAUGAUGCAUGGGGCUCUUUAAUCCUGUCCGCCAUGAUGAUGAUGAUGAUGAUGAUGAUGAUUAAAGAGGAGAAUGAUGCUGGACCAGAAGAGGCAUUUUUUUCUGUUGGUAAUUUUUAGAGAGAUGCUUUUAUAACACAAAGUAGGAAUAGAGAUUUUUUUAUUAAUUGAAAUCAGUGAGUCAUGCUCAAAAAAGCCAGAAAAGUGUGACAAGAUCGCAUUCGGGAAACAAACUGGAAGAGUAGGAGGCUACUAAUGUUUGUAAAUAUAUUCCAAAGUUGUUUUUGAGCUGGUUUGUGCACUCGGUGUGUCAAGUUGGGAGGACAACAAGUGAGCAGGAAAUAAACAGGAAGUAGACGCGAGACGGAGCUUUAUCUUUAAGGCUUGCUGCCGGGGAAGAAUGCGGUGAGCCAUGAUGGCGGUGACGUGUUUGGACCCAGAGGUGGGGAAAGGCUCCUCUGGUGGCCAGAGGAGCUUCUUUGGUUUCUCCCUGCAAGAUCUGCUCAGGUUCUCUAAGGAGCCUCGUGUCUCUCUGAGUCUCAGCAUGACGGAUGAAGUCAACAACAUCAGGGAGGUGAAUAUGUCACAUCCACAUACAGAGGGAGAAACUCCUCCAGAAGACGAGAGUCCAGCCCUGUGUGAGCAUCUGCACAGUCCACUCAUGAGAGCAGUGCUGUGUGCGCAGGUGUGUAAGGUGUACCGUUUUCAGACGGAGGACGCCAGGUGUCUGUUGGUGAAGGAGCAAAUGUCCGAGACGCCGCUGUCCUUCUCUUUACCCAAACAGCUGCUGAGCGUGCUCAUUAGCCAGCUCACAAACAAACUGCAGGAAGUGGAGGAGCUCGGCAACCUUUCACCCCACUGGGAUGGUCUCCGAAGUGAUGUCAUCAGCCACUGCAGCCAUCUGAUUGGCUCCUAUGAGGAGACGCUUGGCCAGCUGCACACGCUUUCAGUGUCGUCCUGCUUCAAGUCAAGUGGCUCCAAGUGGGACAAACAUCUUCAGUUUGUCCCCACCAACCUACACUCUCAGGUGAUGCAAGUCACCUGUCAGGACAGGACAGGUGUGUGGUACCAUGUGAUCACCUUUGGAGCUCCGGCCGAGCACCACCAGGCCUUUAAACAUGGCGGCCUCAAAAGGCUGCUGGCCAAACACACUGACCACAUGCACAGCUUCUUGUGCUACUCACAGGAGGAGAGCUCAAGGGCCAGGGCAGUGUUGGCCAGCGUGGCCCAGCUUCAGCCUCUCCUCUUCGGCCUCGCUGAGGAGCUGCUGUCCGUCUCUCUGGAGCACAGCACAGCCCGCCUGCAGCUGGUUGCGGACAACCUGACCCGACAGAUGGAGAAGUUUGUUCACGCUCUCAACGAUGAGCUGGUGAGAAGCUCGCUAAUGCACAUCCAAAACAAAUACUGUCACAACAAAGAUGACGGCCUCCAUGACACUUCACCUGAGCACCAGCAAUAUGAUGAGGAGGAGUGGGACAGAGUGUGGGCAAACGUCACAAACAGCCUGAGCUGCAUCAUUGCCAUGGUCGACCGACUAAAGGGACGUCAGGACGGCAAUCACCCUGACUCUGGUGCAUUCAGUAACAUUUCUGUAUGUGCACUAUUGUACAUAUUUAUAACCUUGUCUCCUCCAGACUGCUGGCAAGAGCAGCUUCUCCCUCUGGUGGUGACUCUCAGAGAUUGCGUGCGUGAGGCGGUGCAGAGAGCUCGGACUGCCAUGACCUUUGUGGUCCUGCAGGCGGUGGCGUCUGACACCAUCGCUCAGGGCCCCGCCAAGCUCGCCCAGAGACGACACGCUGUCUUCAGCCAGGCGCUCUCAGCAGCCACAUGCGGCUUUCUGUUGAGACUCCACAACGGUCUGGAGGAUUCACAGUUUCUUCAGCAGCUUCACACCGUCGGAAUCUUGGUUCAGUUUGAGGGCCUGCUCAGUACUUACGGUGAUGAAGUGGGGAUGCUGGAGGACAUGAUGGUGGCGGUGGCUGACCUGGGCGGAGUCACGUUCUCCCUAAUUGAGGCAAAAUCAGAACAACCGGACGACCUUCAGCCAACCCUCCAAGGAACAUGGGGCUCCUUGGUUGCCAAGGUCCCACUGCCCAAGUCAACCUUCAUGACGCUGCCUGACAAGCUGAGAGCAGGAUGUUUGAUUCCCCUCCACCCGGUUCUGUUCAACAUUGGCAUCAACCAGCAGCAGACUGUCGCUGAGAGGUUUGGCAACACCUCAUUGCAGGAGAGAUUGAAUCAGGAGAGCUGCGAGCAACUCAAAGUUUACUGCAACACGCUGAGAGAGCGUGUGCCUGACGCUGCCGGUGUGCAGUCUCUGUGGGACAAGUUGGCAUCCCUGAGUCGCAGCGUGGAAACCCGGAGGAGGAAGAACGUGGAGGUUCUGUGGCUGGCUGCCUCGAUCUGUCGUGAGGUGAGCGGCGUGCGUCUGACUAGCUGUAAGAGUGCCAAGGAUCGCACGGCCAUGUCGGUGACACUGGAACAGUGCAUGCUGCUUAAGGACAAACAUGCUCUCAGCCCCCAUCACUUCAGUACUGCGUUGGACCACAUGAGGAGGGAGGGCUGCAGGAUGGAGAACGUUCAGAAAAACAUGGGAAGCAGGAAGUUUGCCUUCAGCAGCAUCCAGCUCCUCACCUUCCCAAAACUAUACAAACCUCCAGAGGACAGCUAUGGCUAGACAUACAGUUCUAUGUCUUUGUUUUGUACAUAGCAUUGAUUAAUGAAUCAUAUGCAGUGUCUUUUGUCAAAAAAAAUUGAUAAACUGUAAACAAGAGGCAUAUCUCGUAUUAAAAUAAACUUUUUUUUUUUUUGCUUUUACUGAAAUCAACAACAAUACAGUCCAAACAUAUGACAUAUCAGGACAAUAAAUGUACGAGACGUACGACUAACAAAAUACAUGACAAAGGAAUAGAAGGAAGAGGAAUAGAUAUAAUAAAUGAAGUAUACAGUAGAUCAACAAAAAUAAAUAUGGUGUUCAUACAGUUCCAUUUUAGGUCCUCUACCAUCUUGAAGAGUUUCACAGCAGUCUUUCUUUUCAUGUGUUUCAGUGAUGAAAAGAAGAGAGACAGUACUUUGUGGAAGGCAAUAAAGUUUGGUGUAGUCUUUAGGAAUCAACUCCCCUAUGACAACAGAGUUAAUUACCCGAUCAUGCAGAGAGUUUUUUUU